UCACUUAUUGGUACAGCCCAUCUCAAGAGUAAAGACGUCAAUAACAUUAUGAGACGAUAACAGUGUCAAAUGUUCAUUAUUACUACAUAAAUUCAUUUUGUUUAUUCAAAUAAAUGUAUUCCAGAUAAUUCAUAUCUAUGAGUACUUAUUAGUUAGUGUUUGAUACAGUGUAGUCGAAGUAAUAGUGCCUAAAUAAGUUGUGCUUAUUUGAGUUAUUAUAAAUAUUUUUAAAAAAUGCUUAGUGAUAAAUUGGCAUGUGUGUACAUAUUUCUGUGCUAUACCCUCAUGUGUGGUGUCUGUGAUAACAGCACUAGCCAACAAGAUGACGCUGUGUAUCUGUUUGAUUUCACAAAGAAUGAUGACGUAGACGUUUGGCAAGAACAGUCUGAUACGGUGCGCGAUGUAGGCAUGUCCAAGGCCAUAUUUGUGAUUCACAAAAAUAUUGGCUUCAGGAGAGCUAUAUUCUUUGCUCUGCUAAAUCCCCAACUGAACGGUGCGGGAUUUGCUGGCAUAAGAGCUAUUCAGACAUGGAAUCUCACUGACCACACUAAACUUCAGAUUAAGUGUAGAGGGCAAGGACAAUUCAAUGGUUUCAAAGUUACUUUACGGCACAAGGGAUUAAAUGAUGAACCUAACUACUCAUUUGAACAAUAUUUCCAGGCGCCAAAGGACGAAUUCGCAAUUCGAAAUCUCAAUUUUUCCGAUUUUAAGGCUUACUACAGAGGUAAAAGAGUAACCAACAAUGAGGUAUUAGACUUGUCUCAGAUUACGAGUAUUGGAAUACAAAUGUAUGGCGGGGUGUAUCAACCAGUAAAGCAAAAAGGUCCAGCAACGCUAGAAAUUGAUUGGAUACGAGCAGUUUAAACUGUUAAUGUGUAAUAAUAAAAAAGUUUUUAUCACUUC